CUGUGGAUCCCUGUGAUCCAGAUGUUCGCAGACGACUGCUGGAACAUUGUGACAUCACUUCCUGUCCAGACUUGCUGUCAGAGCCCCGCCCCCUCCCUGAUGUUGAGGAGCACAGUGUUCUGGACUUGGGGGGCAGCCUGUUUACCGUCCACUCCAGAUGUUUAGACAGAGGCAGUUUCUCCAUCUUUAGAGGCGAAAUGGAAAACGAGAAUGUUCUCCUCAAGGUGGACAGCUGCUCUGUCCCCUGGGAUUUUCAUCAGUUUACCCGCCUGAAGAAGAGCUCUGCAGCUGCUGACAAACUUCCUCACGUCAGCUGUUUCCUGUUUGUGAACGGCUGCAUCACCGUUUACAGAGCUCUGCCUGAUCACGUCACA